AUGAAGAUCACCGUUUUUUCGCUCACCCUCAUGCUCGGCACUGUCGUAUCUGCGGCUCCCACUCUGCAGAGUAUUCCAGGAUUGGUCAAUCGUGACACGCCCGAGGAAACUAUUGAUUGCGGCUACUGCACCGGCAUGCUCGACUUCUGCUUCAAGAACGGUCAUACUCAAGGCCAGGAGGGUUGCAAGCAGACCUGCCGCGAGCACGUGUGCCACCGCACGCCAGAGUGCAAGAAUUGCCACGGCGAGUUCGACCAGUGCCCUGAGAAGUCCCGCUACUAG